CACUCCCUUGGAACCAACGUAGGGAGAAGAAGGUGAUCUUUUCUUCAAGUAUAAACAGUUUCGCGAAGAAAAUGACAAGAAUUUGGGGCAUGAUUACAACAAUAGCUUCAAGGGUUGUACCUUUGGCCAUCGGGUCUUCUUUCUGUAGUCACCAUUUAAUCCGCUCUGUCAGCCGCGCCGGACUCUCUAGAAAGCUCUUUCACAGGUUAUUUCCUUCAUCUCUCCAUUACUACUCCACCAGGUCGACCAUCCAAGAGUUAUUUAUGCGAGGAAUGGAGUCGCAAGAGGAAGAGGAGAAGCUGAAGAAAUUCGAAUUGUCAAAUUUUCGUUUGAGCAGGAAAGACGAAGCCGAAACAAUUCAUGUUGAAAUUCUUAAGGUUGGUGCCGUUAGUGCUGAGUCAGGCAAUUAUAAGAACAAGGCAAACCUAUCUGUUGUCUUUGGUCUCAUGAAGAAGGGGCUGUUUUUAUCAUUGUAUUGUACUGUAUAUACAGACAAGAUUUCUCUUGACAGCUUGCGUGUUGAAGAAAAUAGAGUCGGCCAUUAUGUUGGAAUACCUUAUUCAUGAGGCUCAUAUCUUGUUUGUCGAGGCUUUUGUAGGGUACUUGUUGGUACUAUUGAUCAUGAAAAGUAGCUGUGGUGGCCAUAAAAAGUCCUGAACAAGCUAAAUUUAGAGUAGAACGGUGACUCUUGAUGGUCGUAAAAUAUUUGGCACAAGUCAUGGGAUCCUAGAGGAAUACAUUGAUGUUUUAAAUUUCUAAGAAGAGAAUGUGAACGUCAAAAAGGUAAUGGCUUGUUCGUUAUUAAUUUUGUUGAA